UUCCACAGCUGAGCAACGAGCUGACGGAGAUUAGAAAGUUGUUGCCCUCCCCCACCCCCCACACACACACGCCGCAUGCUCGCUUUCGGCCGAGUAUCGGUUCCUUAUUGAAACACCUGCAGCUCUCGGCGCGCGCGUCUUGUGUACUCAAACGACGCGGAUGAUUUUUUCGAGGUGUGCUGCAUAUUCUGCAGUGUGCGGAAUAAAAUUUCGUAAGGCUGCAUUCCACACGGGGUCAUUGACUUCGGCUGCGAGUAUACUCUUCCGGGAGCCCACGAUAGCUCUCGCCUGCGUCAUGUCACCACCCGAACCCAUAAAGCCGGCGUGCCGCCAAACAUCGAUCUCUCGUGCAGUGACCGCUUGUCUGUGAGCAGGUUCGCAGAGGAGUCGUCAUGGCGGCUUGGAGCACCGUCGUCGUCGUCUCGCUCGUGUUCCUUCACCACAGCCGCGCAGCGAGCGAGAGUGAGUUGCUGUCCAACUUCAGGCGCUGCCAGCGGGUGUGCAACCGCGUGCUGAGUAACACCAGCCUGCUGGGCGUCGUGGUGGGCGUCGGCGAGAACCUGCAGAACGCCACCGCCACCGUGGGCACUGGCAUCCGCGGAGGCAUCCAGGGCGUGGCCACGGGCGUCCGCCAGGGAACCGCCGCCGUCGUCGAGAACGUCCGUAAAAACAUACAGGCUGUCAGGAACGGCAUCCGGCCAAACAGGUACCCGGAAGACGACUACAAGGAGAACAGCCCAGAGCCGCCUCAUCCCGAGGAGCAGUUCUACGUGGUACCUGCGACAUGACACCACUGCCGUGUUGCAGGGCAGCUGAAGUCCAGUCUUCCUUUGCAGAAACCAGUUUCACGUCUCGCUCACAUUGAUUCAUACUUUCUGUACUUCGUCAGAAAAUGCUAACCUCAUACACAGCGUCCCGCACGCAACAACCAUCAAUACGUACACAUAUAAUGUACACUAAAUGCACACACUGUAGUUUCUUUGUUGUCACUAAUUCCCAUUAUCUUAAUGUAGUGAAACUUACUGUCUUACAAUUCAGAAGUCCAACGAGCGACGAAUUCCCGCAAGAUCGAGCUCAUGAAUGAGAAUUAAUCUACGAUAUAGGUGCG